CGUUCGACUUGUUUAAAUAAAUAUUUUGGUCAUGUUUUACUUUUUACUUUGUUAUUUUUCUUUUGAAGACUGGUGGCAUCAAUUGAGUGAUUUGGACUUUAGGAGAAGCAAAGUUUCUGGAGAGUAGGUUUAUUUUAAUGCUACAUUCCAUGAUUCUUUUAAUAAAUUACCCAACCUGUGUUACUAACAGAUCUUCAUCACUAUUAGAUGAUAUAUUUAUAUGAUUUUUGACAUAUUUAUUUUUGAAUAUUAUUAACUGACAUUUCUGACCACUUCCCAGUAUAUUGUAUUUGUGAUAUGGCUAUUUACAAAUGUACCUGUGAAACUGACUUUUUUAAACAUGAUUUAAAUAAAAAUAAUAUUAUAAUAUUUUUGCAUUUGCUGUAUUCAAGGUACAUGUAAAUGGUAUUUAUCUAGUGAUGUGAAUAAUAUUUAUGAUAGCUUUGUUUUUAAAUUCACAAAACUAUAACUCGUGUUUCCCUGUAAAAUUAAUGUGUAUGAAAUAUAAGCGUAAAAAUAAACCUUGGAUUACAAAUGAAAUUAUAAAGUUGAGUAAGAAAAUAUGUGACUAUAUAAGUUGUAUAUUAAAAAUCCUAAUGAUUAUAGAAAAGAAAUAUAUAUAGGAAAAUUUGUAAUAAAUCAAAUAAUAAGAUUAAGAUUGAGAUAAAGAAAUAUUUAAAGAAAAGUCUUGAAGAAAACAUGGAAUAUUAUUAAUAAAGCAAUGGGAAAAAAUGUAAGAUAACUAACAUUCAAGAGAUUAAAAAAGUGAUAAUUGAUAAGAAUGACUUAGAAAAUUAUGAAAUGUUUACGUGACAUGAUUGUAGACGGGAAUGUAUGAUACAGUAUUUAAAAUUAUGUACAUUUUGUCUGUAAUUCAAAUGAAACUUUGUACAACUGAUCAUUCCAAGAUUUACAUGUCAUAUUCUAAUUUUAUGUUUCUUUUCGUUUCCUAGGCGGAGACUUUUACAUUCCUUUCAUUCUCAUUGAGCUUGUUGGCGGACUGAACAAUUCCAUUUCAUCUUCACCCAUAUUCCCUUCCCAACUGUCUUCAGACGUAUAUUCAUCAUUCACUUUUCUUUAUCUCAGAAAGAUCCUGCUCUCCGAAGAGAGUGUACCACAGCUGUCUCUUGUAGACCGUAUUGGCUGUGUCUUUUAUCCAUUUCAUCCCAUUUCAUCUUCACACUUGCAAAAACAAAUGAAAAAUUUACAAAAGCAAUUAUGAGAACAUUAUUAUAUAUUCAUGCAGAAGCAUUCUAUACCUAAUCACAGAAGUCUUAAAUGUUUGCUACAGAAGAAGUCCUACUUUUUACUUGUGAUACUUUAUAUUACUGAAUUUUCUAAAUUUCACAAAUCUUCUCUUAUUCUACAAACUUUCUAAAUCUAUUCUUAAUCACAAAAGUUAUUCCUACAAGAUCUCUAAAUCUAUUUUAUACUAAGCUGUCUGAACUUUUCUAACCUAUUUCAUAUUACUGAAUUUUAUAUUUCUUAAUUAUGGAACUUGAAAUUGAUCAAUUCAAGGAAGUGAUGAAAGAGAUUGUAGAUAUGCUAUAUACAUGCGAUCCGCAUAAUGAAGAAUGUUGUGUCUGUAAAAAUACAAUCGAAGAAAGUGAAAACAAAGCUACUUGUGAGAGCUGCAAUGAACAUUAUCAUGUAACAUGUAUGGGCUUUUUGUGUCAAGAUCUAGUAAAUGAGCAAAGAUUAAUCUGGAUAUGUUCAUAUUGUGGAAAUAACAACAUUGCACAUCGACUAUUUGAUAAAGUAUGUAUCCCCUCUCAUAUCAAUAGAUACCAGCCUCUCGAGACAGUGGAUGAAGUAUUCAAUGAUGAUGUGCUCCUCUUACCCAAGCAAAAUGACAAACAAAAGAAAUGCAGAUCAAAGAAAAGGUAUUUUAAGAAAUGCAAGAAAAUCAUUAUAGAGCCAGGAAAUCAAAGUGUAAAAGUAAUGAAAUCAAGUGAGUUUGACACGCAUGAACAUGAUCAUCUAGUCACUCAAAGAGAUUCCCCCAAACAACGUGAUCAAGUGCAUAGUGAAGAAGUAGGCAGUAAUGAAUGGAUGAAAGUGAAAUCAAAAAAGGCAAAGAUGUUGGAAAAGAUGCAAGACAGAAUAUCACAUUCAACAGCAAAAAGUGACAGUGGAACAGGUCAGAAAAAGAGAAUCAUAAAUGGUGUUGUUUUAGAACCUGGAGUAACGUACAUUGGCAAAGCAAUGAAAUCUUUCUACGAAAGACGAAAAAGUAAAAAAUCAAAACGCAAAGUAGACAUCAAACUAAACAGAGAUGUAGAAUGUCAGAAUGUAUUGGAAAAUAAUGUUCAAAUGUACGCAGAAAAAUUGCUAAAUGAAUACUCAAAGUGUGUGCAAUCACCAAAAUCUAUGAUGUCCCAUGAAACGAAACUCUACAAAGAAAAUAACAUGAAGCAAAAACAAUCUUGGGCUGAUGUAGUAGGCCAUGUACAAAAUGAAAUAAUACAGGAACAUUCUAUUGUUGGCAGUGCGACAUGCAGUCAUGUUUUUUUAAAACAAUAUAAGGGCAAAGAACAGAGCACAUUUCGAGUAUGUGGUGGUGCAAAACCAAAUGAUAAAGGAAAAGUAUGUGACGGAAAGACUGAAAACGCGGGUGAAGUAAAGGUGGAUAAAGAUUGUAAGCAACAUGUGGACAAGUCUAUUCCUAUGAAAAUGUUUGAAAUGAAACAUGAUAGUAAAUUUCAUAAACAGUCAGUCAACACCUCUAAUGUAAAUUUAGAAGAGAAGCAAAUACCAAAUGAGAACAUGUCAAAUAUGGAACAAAAUACACUUGUGCAAUGUGUUGCCCUGGGCAAUUUUCAUCAAGGAAAUGCUAGAUUUGGAUUUUAUUCUGGAAAGCAAUGUGUUUCUAACAGUUUUGCUGCUAUUUUAUACAGUAAAAUUACAGAUGUUUCCCAAUGGCAAAAACAAGAUCUUGACAAGGUAUUGAAUUAUGGUAAUGAGUUGUAUAGAUUUAUUCAGCUUAGUUCUGCAAUAAAUGAAGAUUUCUUAUUGAUAUCUGAGUUACCUGAUCAAUUAGAAGCUUUUGAUGUCCAUUUUAAGAUGCAAUGUUCUCAGAGUGUUGUGGGUAUAAUUUGUGGAGAUGAAUCUUUUUUAAGUCAUUUUAAUGCAGUAACAUUAAAAGAUGCUCUCCAUCAGGAAUUAGAUAGACAUGAUGCAUGCUUUUGUACAUUUGGUGGCCAAACAUUUGCAAUCAUAUCCACACAAGAACAAUAUUUUAUUUUUGAUUCACAUUCAAGAGAUAGGCAUGGACUUAUGACAGAUGGUGGGACCAGUGUCAUUCUAUGUUCAUCAAACUGGGAAGGUGUGUACGAUCAUAUUUUGAAAUUAGCUGAAUCUAUGGGUAUCAAUAGAAACCAGACUGAAUUUGAACUUACAGGUAUAAUUGUGAAUCUUAUCAAUUCAAGCGAGAUUACUGUGACAGAACAUGGUGAUAAUGGUCAUGUUGCAAAAGAUGAACAGGACUGUAUAAAUGUAGUUGAAGGUAAUGAUGGAUUUUUCUUGCCAACAGAUAGAACUGACAAAAGUAGUAGAUGUGUUCCCACAAAUGUGCCUGAUUCUAUUGAAAUCAAUGAAGAUGACUGCAAUAUUAUUGAUACUGAAAAUGAUCGGAAUGAUUGCAGAUAUUUCGCAAGCAGUUUUUCGACAGAUAUGUCUGAUUGUAUUGAAAUAGAUGAUGAUGAGGAUGACUGCAUAAUAAUUGAUGCAGAGCAUGAUACAAAUUAUUGCAAAGAUUUGUUUAGUGGUGCUCCCUCAGAUAGGCCUGAUUCUAUCAAUAUAGAUGAUGUUGAUGAUGAUGACUGCAUGGUAAUUGAUACAGAAUACAUUACAAAUAACUACAAAUAUUUUCCAGUCCAUUCAAGUGAAAAGAAAAAAAUGUGUGCUAGAUUUAAUAUUACAGAUACAUGUAUCAGUUCGAAAUCAGAUAUCGACACGUGCAUUAAUAUUGGUACUCCUGCUAUUAUUUCAAAUAUUACCGGCGAUGGAAAUUGUUUUUACCGGGCAAUCUCUCUUUUUCUGACAGGGAAGGAAGGCAAUCAUAAAUUUCUGAGGCAAAAGUGUAUCCAACAUUUGCUGGAAAACUCGCACUUAUUUGCUGGUUGUUUAAGAUAUGAAUUUGUAUCAGUUAAAGACUAUGUUAGUAAAAAUAAGCCAGACAUCAAUGGUGAAUGGGCCACAGAGGUAGAAAUUGCUGUCAUGGCCCAUCUGCUUGAAACAGACAUAUUAAUAUUUAGUGAUAUUUAUUUAAAGUGGAGACUAUAUUCAUGGAAUAACCCUGGACGCAUUGUACAUGAUUCAAAUAUGGGCAUUUAUCUAUUACAUGUUAAAGGGGUACAUUUUGAUUAUGUUGAAUCUGUUAAUUGUAUUGAUUUGGUUACUGACGAAGGAAAAAAAACAAAGGAAGUUACAUGUAAUAAAAAGAGAUCUAUUAAUAGUGAAAUGCUUAAAGACAAAAGUAAACUAUCCAAACAAUAUGCAUCUUGUGCAACGAAAGAUGAAAUUGAAGAAACGUUUAUGCCUAGUCUAAGCGGAAAAAGUGAAGACAUUUUUAUGUCCAAAAGAAAGAGAAAAGGUGACACAAUUCAUGAAAGUGUAAAGUGUGCUAAGUCGAAAAAGAUGUCUUUUCCAAAAAUGCAUAGAUAUUGCAAAACAAAAGAACCAAAACUGGAAAACGGUGAGAGGGAUAAAAAAUCAGCUUCUAAAAUUACAAGUUAUCCAUCAGACAAUUGUAAUACUAUGAAUAGAGGUGUUUCUGAUGUUUUAAAUAAAGGAAACGUGUUCAUUGUAAAUGACCCUUUAAAAAUACGGAAUGAAAAAAUUGUACUGAAAAAAGUGUCAAUUAGACUUGUACGUUUAUCUGAAUCUGAAAUAAAGAAUCUUUCAUUUGAUCUAUUGAAAGGUAUAAAGAAAACACAAUCUAGUGCUAACUUUAAAGGUACAAAUAUUCCAGGAAAAGGGUCUACAAUUGAAUUUCCUAAAAAACAAAUUAAAAAAGAAAACAAGAAAAGCAAAUGUAAGCAGUCCUUAAAAAAACGACAACAAUUAGCUAAAGAAAGGAUGAAAGCAAAACGAAAACAAAUUAAUGAUCAAGAUGCAUACGAAAAUGUACAAAACAAUGAGAAUUAUGCAAAUGAUAUGGAUGGUUGCAAAUUCAAAGGAGAUUUCAGUGAUGUAAAAAAGACAAAAAUGAAACAAAAGUAUCACUCUAACAAAAGUUUCAGAGAUGAAAAGAAGAAAAAGAUUAAAGAGAAGUAUCAGUCUGACGAAUCUUUCAGAGAUGAACACAAGCAAAAAAUAAAGCAGAAGUAUGAGUCUAAUAUAUUGUUUAGAGAUGAACACAAAAAGAAAAUAAAAUUGAAAUAUGAGUCUAAUGAAUCCUUUAGAGAUGAACAUAAGAAAAAAAUGAAACAAAAAAUAAAACAUGACUAUGAGUCUAAUAAAUCCUUUAGAGAUGAACACAAGCAAAAAAUAAAGCAUAAGUAUGAGUCUAAUAUAUUGUUUAGAGAUGAACACAAGAAGAAAAUAAAAUUGAAAUAUGAGUCUAAUGAAUCCUUUAGAGAUGAACAUAAGAAAAAAAUUAAGCAUAAGUAUGAGUCUAAUAUGUUGUUUAGAGAUGAACACAAGAAGAAAAUAAAAUUGAAAUAUGAGUCUAAUGAAUCCUUUAGAGAUGAACAUAAGAAAAAAAUAAAGCAUAAGUAUGAGUCUAAUAUGUUGUUUAGAGAUGAACACAAGAAGAAAAUAAAAUUGAAAUAUGAGUCUAAUGAAUCCUUUAGAGAUGAACAUAAGAAAAAAAUGAAACAAAAAAUAAAACAUAACUAUCAGUCUAAUAAAUCCUUUAGAGAUGAACACAAGAAAAAAAUGAAACAAAAAAUAAAACAUAACUAUCAGUCUAAUAUGUUGUUUAGAGAUGAACACAAGAAGAAAAAAAGAAAAAAGUAUCACUCUAACCAGCAUUAUAGGCAGAGACUCGCAGAAAAAAAUAAAGAACGUGCUGGACUUAAGAAAAUGAGUUUCAAAAAAUUAGAAAAUGUACUAGGAAAUUUCAGAAAUGUUAUUUCUCAUGGACCAGAAUAUGUCUGUUGUGUAUGUCUAAAAUUGCUUUUUCAAAGUCAAGUCUUAAAAUGCAUUAAGCCAAAUUACCAAAACAAAACGUGUAUGAAUGAGUCCUAUUUACAUAUUUGCAAUUCACACUGUAAUGAAAACUGUCAAUUGGCGCACUCAUCUCGUGGACAUUUAUGGAUAUGCUUUACAUGCCACAGAAAAUUGUUGGUGAAUAAAUUACCAGCUGAGGCUAGUGUUAACAGUUUGCAAUUGCAUGAGAUUCCAGAAGAAUUGAAGGACUUGAAUAAUUUAGAACAACAUUUAAUUGCACGUAACAUAAGUUUUUUCAAAUUAAUCCGUUUACCUAAGGGAGGUCAAAAUGCAGUUCAUGGACCAGUUGUUUGUGUGCCUUCGAAUACAAUGAAAACUGUAAAUAUGCUACCUCCACCAGAAAGAGAAGAUCAAUUGAUCCGUGUGAAAUUGAAAAGGAAAAUAUCUUAUAAGGGCCAUCAUGAGUAUAAAUUUGUUAAUAAAAAUAAGGUGCUAAAUGGGUUGCACUAUUUGAAAAAAAACAAUAAGUGGUAUUCUGAUAUAAGUAUCAAUGAAAACUGGAAUAAUUCGUUGUCAGGAGAAAUGUGUAGUGCAGAAACAAACGACAAUGACGAUUCAAUUCAAAACUUUGAAGAACAGGAAAAUGAUGACCAAGAAGCAAGGUUAAAUGGAAUUCAACUUGAUACCUGCUUGCAACCAGUUGAUAUUGGACAAGAAAUCCUUGAUCAACAUUUUGAUGAUAUUUUCUGUUGUGCUCCAUGUGAAGGCAACAAUCCCAUAGCACUUCUUAGAGAUGAAAGCAAUGAACCUAAAUCUUUUCCUGUAUUAUUUCCAAAAGGUCAACCAACUUAUCAUGAUUUCAGAAGUGUACGGGUGACCCUUGGAAGAUAUCUUCAAAAUAGGCUAAUGCACGUAGAUAAUCGCUUUGCUAAAAGUACAGAUUUUAUUUUUUAUGCUCAGUGCAUUUAUGAAAUUCAACAAGUUUUGUCCGGUGUUUCAAUUGCAUUGAGAAAAACAUCAAGUAAAAGUGAUACUGAUGCACCAAUCACUAUCAAAGAUUUAAAACAAAUUGACAAAGUUCAGGACAUAUUAAAAUCAGAUAGAGGGUUUCGCUUUCUGAAACAGAUAAGAGGUUCUCCUCCAUAUUGGUCUGCCACACAAAAAGAUUUAUUAGCCAUGGUGAGACAGCUUGGUAUACCUACAUGGUUUGCAAGUUUCUCUGCAGCAGACAUGAGAUGGCCUGAAGUAUUAAAUACUUUAUUAAUGGAAAGAGGUGAUAAACGAAAAAUCAAUGACCUAGAUUGGACAGAUAAAUGUGAACUUUUAAAGUCGAAUCCAGUGACUGUUGCAAGGAUGUUUGACAAAAGAUUUCACACUUUUUUGAAAAAUGUUAUUUUGUCUGAAGCACAUCCCAUUGGUCAUGUAAUAGAUUAUUUUUAUCGUGUUGAAUUCCAACAGCGAGGAUCUCCACACACACAUUGUUUAUUCUGGGUAAAGGAUGCACCAGAGCAUGGAUAUAGUUCAGAUGAGGAAGUAGUUUCCUUCAUUGAUAAAUACAUUUCUUGCAAGAUACCAUCCGAACAAGAAGAUCCAGAACUCCAUGAAAUAAUCACUCAUGUGCAGCAGCAUAGCAAAAAGCAUUCAAAAUCUUGUAAAAAGAAGGGAAAAACAUGUCGGUUCAAUUUUCCAAGACCACCAUCUGAUAGAACAUGUGUACUUUAUCCCAAAGAGGGUAAUCCCGAUGAAAUUGAUAGUGCAAAACAAUUAUUAGAAUCUAUCAAAAACGCUGUAAAUCAGGAAAAUAAUUACACUAAUGUCUCAGACCUUUUUAGAGAUUGUAACACAACACAGACUGAAUUUGAAACUGCAACUAGGUUAUUAGCUAAACAAGAAAUUUUGAUCAAGAAAAGAGACCCCAAAGAUGUAUGGAUAAAUCAGUACAAUCCUUUUCUACUGAGAGCAUGGAAUGCAAAUAUGGACUUACAAUUUGUUAUGGAUGUUUAUGCAUGUGUUAGAUAUAUUGUAUCAUACAUUUCAAAAUCAGAGAGAGAAAUGGGAAUGCUCUUAAGCCAUGCUCAAUCUGAAAUAAAUGAGGGAAAUCAUGAUGCAAGAAAAAGUAUCAGACAGCUCGGAAAUGUCUACAUGCAAAAUCGAGAAGUAUCUGCACAGGAGAGUGUGUAUCGUGUAUGUUCCCUUCGAUUAAAAGAGUGUUCACGAAAAGUCGAAUUUAUUCCGGUUGGUCCAAAUCCUGUUAGAAUGAGUUUACCUUUACAUGUUAUUCAAAGGAGACCUGACGAUGAUGAUGAUGAUAGGAGUCCAUGGAUGGCAAAUAAACUUGAUCGAUAUAAAGCUAGACCUAAUGGAAGUGAAUUUGACACUAUGUGUCUUGCAAAAUUCUGCGCAUGCUACAGAAUACUAACUGCAUCGCAAGUGAAAGGCACUAAAACAUCACCAUAUUUAUUUGAAUUGAAAAAUAAUUCGGGAUACAUUCAGAAACGAACAAGGUCUAGUGUUGCUGUCGUAAGAUAUCCACGAUUUUCUAAAAUACUUUCUCCAGAAAAAUAUUACCUCAGUAUAUUACAACUUUUCCUGCCAUUUAGUAAUGAUGAGCAGUUAAAACCACCACAGUUUGAGACAUAUCAGGAAUUUUAUAAAACAGGUAAUGUCAAACUACAGGGAGGCAAUUUGGAAAGUGUAAAAUCAAUAGUAGACAAACAUUGUAAAGAGUACGAAAGAAAUUCAAGAGCCAUUGAACAAGCUGAACUUUUCAUGGACAAAUUUGGUUCUCCAGAAGAUGCGUGGGCUCUUUUAUGUCCUGAAAGUGAAAAAGAAAGACUAGAAAAUCCUAAGAACAAAGUUGAAAUGGAUGAACCAGAAUGUGAAUUGGACAUUCCAGAUUUUAAACAUGAAAAAAAGAAUGAAACUUCUAGUGUGGAAUUUCGAAGCCAUGGAAUUUCAAAACAUGAAUCGAAUAGUUUGAUUCGAUGUUUAAACAAUGAGCAAAAAGAAAUCUUUUACAAAAUUAGACAAUGGUGCUUAGAGAAAGUGAAUGGUACAGAAAGUCAACCUUUUCAUGUACUUAUUAGUGGUGGUGCAGGAACAGGAAAAUCUUAUUUAAUAAAAUGUAUAUACCACGAAGCUGUACGCAUACUUGGUAAAAUGAUGGUUAAUCCUGAUGACAUUUCAAUCUUGAAAGUUGCACCAACUGGCAUAGCUGCAUUCAAUAUAGAAGGAUCUACAAUUCACAGUGCACUCUCAGUUCCUAUCACAGCCAAAUUUCCUUAUCGACCACUUGGUGAAGAAAGAAUUAACACCCUUCGUAAUAAGCUUGGACAGUUGCAAAUUUUGAUCAUAGAUGAAAUUUCCAUGGUAGAUUCCAAAUUGUUGUACUACAUACACGGUCGAUUAAGACAAAUUAAGCAAUCACGCACUGAUUGUCCAUUCGGUAACGUUUCGGUAUUGGCAGUUGGAGAUUUUUAUCAAUUACCACCUGUGAAAGGAACACCCUUGUAUAAGGAAUCGGUAGAACAAUUGCUGUGGUCUGAAAAUUUCAAAAAGGUAGAACUGGUUGAAAUAAUGCGACAAAAGGAAGAUUUGGCAUUUGCUCUACUCUUGAAUAGAUUGAGAGUUAAGGAAAAGAAAGACAAUUUAUCAGAUGCAGAUUUAUCCAUCCUUACCUCUUGUGAAACCGGUGAAGAAUGUGAAGAAGAUAUGCACAUCUAUUCAACUAAUAAACAAGUAAAUGAAUGGAAUAGCAGAAUGUUGCACAGCAAAUGUGAAGAUAUUAUAUGUGUUAAAGCUGAAGACAGAAAUAACAGCAAGGAUAAUGACGAAAUAUGUACCGAACCAUGUAAAUCUAGUCAAAGUUCUUUGCCUCGCAAUCUGUCAAUUGCUUUGAAUGCCAGGGUGAUGCUUUUAAAAAAUAUUGAUACCAAUAUAGGUUUGACAAAUGGAUGUAUAGGUACAGUUGCAGAAAUAGUAAAACGAAACAACGAAUCCAAGCCAUACUGCAUCAGUGUAAAAUUUGAUAGCCAGAAAAUUGGCAUUCAAUCGAUCAAAAUGUAUGAAGAAUCAAUGGGUAAAAAUUACACAAGAAAGCAAUUUCCCCUCAAACUGGCUUAUGCUUGCACGGUUCACAAAGUACAAGGCAUGACUUUAAAUAAAGUAGUAGUAUCACUGAAAAAAAUAUUUGCAUCUGGACAUAGCUAUGUAGGCCUGAGUCGUGUAACUUCUUUAUCUGGACUUACCAUUGAAGAUUUUCAUCCAAAAGUUAUAUACUGUGAUCCAAAGAUUAAAAAACACCUUAAUGAUAUGACCAAUUUCUUGGAAACUUCUAUAGCAGAGGAAACAUAUGAUGAUGGUUUAUGCAUAAUGUUGCACAAUAUUCAAGGAUUAAAACAACAUUAUGUAGACUUACAAUGCAAUCCAACAUUCCUGAAUUCUGAUAUUAUUUGUUUGACUGAAACAUGGCUAUCGGAUAAGGAUGAUGCUUUUGAAAUAUUCUUAGCUCAUUUCAAAUUGUAUCAUCAAUCAAGAUAUAACUCUUAUUCUAUCACAAGUGACUCAAGGCAACAGUUCAAGGACCAGUCACAUGGAGGUGUUGCAGUUUAUAGCAAGAAUGAAUUUUCAAGCAGACUUGAUAUAAAGAUUGAUAAUCUAGAGUUUAUUGCUUUUCUUGUAACCUGUCCUGUUUCUGUUGUCAUUGCAGUUGUUUAUCGCCCUCCGACAUACAGAAUAAAAGACUUCUGCUGCGUCCUGUGCCAGCAGUGCCACGGCCUCCUGGGACGUCCCUACAGCUACGGACGCCUCAGAACCCAUCACAGCAGUCAGUAACUUCUCGCCUGGUGAUUCCUUUGAUUGGUCAUCGACAGAGAGAACCCCAUCCUGACCAGCUGUUUAACCGACAUCGUCGCCAAUGCCAGCCCUGGUACCUCGACCCCGGUGGU